CUACUGGAAGGAACGGAGCCCUAAUCUCGUGACUUUAACACCUCGCAGGCGUCCUCCAAUCUCCCUCUCCGGCGACCCGCGAGAACAUAGCGGAAGAUGGAUUUGAAGGCUAGCGACAGAUUCAACAUUAAUUCUCAGCUCGAGCAUCUUCAAGCUAAAUAUGUUGGAACAGGGCAUGCUGACUUGAGUAGAUUUGAAUGGGCAGUGAACAUCCAGCGUGAUAGUUAUGCAUCAUAUAUCGGUCACUACCCUAUCCUGGCAUAUUUUGCGGUUGCUGAAAAUGAAUCAAUUGGAAGGGAACGCUACAAUUUUAUGCAGAAAAUGUUGUUGCCCUGUGGUCUUCCACCAGAGAGGGACGAAGAUUGAAGUGGAUUAUCACAGCGUCUUCGAAUCUGGCUUCUGAGGUCGAUUGUGGGUUCCUUUUGCCAGGGAGUCGAGAAACAAUCAGGGUGUAACCAUAUUUCUAUCACCAAGUUAUUGUAGUUAUCAUGUCUCCUUGAACUUUCAAGUUGGGAUUUUUAAGUUAAGCUCAAUCGAACUUGCUCCUUUCUACCUGAA